UUCUCCCUUCGCUCUCGCACUCUCGCUCUAACCUAUUACACAAAGAGCCUCUCUCUCUCUCUCUCUCUCUCAAUAGAAUUCCUCUUUGGAUUCAAGCACUCCCAUAGAGACUGGUUUGCUGAACUUGAUCCGCAGAAACCAGCGGGCAAUUAAAACUCUUUUUAGCAGUUUUUUGUGGAUCCUUCUGCCUUGGGUCACUGCUGGCAUGUCAUGUGCAUUUUUUUUAAAGAGAAAACUAGAAGAGCAUCUUUUGAACCUGUUUUCAGACAUAGUUUCGAUUGUAUGCAUUUACUUAUGAGAUGGGUUCGCGUGGAAGGCCAUUAUUUGAUCUCAAUGAACCCCCAGCUGAGGAUAGUGAGAGUGAUGGUGUCCUCAGCUUCCAGCCGCAAAAAACACAUCCAUCUAUGAAUCGCAACACUGCUGACUUGGUUGCAGCUUCAACUGCUCCCCAAAGAAUAACAAAUAAUCAUACCUUUUCACAUGCAUCAUUGGUAUCCGGCUUUCAGCCUUUUGUACGGCCCAAACCUGCACAUGGCCCUGAAAUGGGUACUGAACAGAAGAGGGCUGGGGAUAAGAAUCCCAAGACUACCUCAUUGUCUAAGUUAAGUAAUGAUGAGGAGAUGAGAGCCUCACCUUCAUUUGUUCAGGGUUCAGCAGAAGUUCCAUCUGCUGAAAGAGAAGAAGGAGAAUGGUCUGAUGCUGAGGGCUCUACUGAUGCAUAUGGAAACACAAGUUUGAGUGAACGGGGUAAAGCUUCACAAGAGCAAGGAACAUCUGAAGUGAGGGAUCGUUUUGCUUCCGGUCUAGCUGCUGACAAUAUCUCUUCUGGUGUCAAAGCUUUUCAAAGUAUCAAGGAUGAAAAUAGUACCUGUGCUUCUUUAGAAUUGGAUCCAGAUCCCAGUGAUCAGAAAAGCAAUAGUAGUCGAAAUACAGAAGGAAAUGCAAGAGGUGAUGUGUCCUCAGAUGGUCUGGAGGAACCUGGCUUGGUCCCAAAACAAAGAGAAGUUAAAGGUAUUGAAGCGAUCCAUGCAGUUAAAUGUGCAAAUAAUCCUGGAAAAAGGAAGAUUGACCAGAAAAGGGAAGAAAUGCUAGGCAAGAAACGCAUUAGACAGACCAUGUUUCUUAAUUUGGAAGAUGUCAAACAAGCUGGUCCUAUAAAAACUUCAACGCCAAGAAGGCAGACCUUUCUGUCACCUAUCACAACUCGUUCUGUGAAAGAUGUCCGUAAUGCUCCUCCGUCUUCUGAGCGUGUUGGAGAAAAGCAGAGUCAGCCAAUGAUACGGGAUCAGAAACAACUUGAUAUAGCAUGUAACGAAGGAGGCACCUUUUCGGAAUCUACUGAACUCAAAUCUGAAUGUAACGGUGAUAUGAACUCUGGACUACUUGGUAGGCCUCGCAGGUUAAAUGGUGAAACUGAUUUUUCUGCGGAGGCAUCCCUGCCACCCAUUCCUAGACAGAGUUCAUGGAAGCAGCCCACAGAUUUGAGGCAGCCAAAGAAUUUUCCGGUCUCAAAUAGGAAGUCGGCUUUGAUCAGUCAAAACUCCAUGGAUUCCAAAUUGGGAAGCAAGAAACAUCUUCCACCUAAGAAGCAAACUUCUAACAUUACUCCAUAUCAGGACACGUCGGUGGAGCGACUUAUACGGGAGGUGACCAAUGAAAAGUUUUGGCAUCAUCCAGAGGACACUGAGCUCCAAUGUGUGCCCGGUCAAUUUGAAUCGGUAGAAGAGUAUGUUAGAGUAUUUGAGCCUUUGCUUUUUGAGGAAUGCCGGGCACAACUCUAUAGCACUUGGGAGGAGUUAGCUGAAACAGUUUCAAGGGAUACACAUGUGAUGGUCCGUGUAAAGAGUAUAGAAAGGCGAGAAAGAGGAUGGUAUGAUGUGAUAGUCCUUCCUGCAAAUGAGUGCAAGUGGACAUUUAAGGAGGGUGAUGUUGCAAUUCUUUCAUCCCCCAGGCCUGGAGCAGUUAGAUCUAAGCGGAGCAAUACCUCCUUAAACGAAGAUGAAGGGGAGCCUGAUAUCAGUGGACGAGUAGCUGGUACUGUCAGGCGUCACAUACCUAUUGAUACUCGUGAUCCUCAUGGGGCAAUCCUUCAUUUUUUUGUUGGGGACUCAUACGAACCUAAUAGCAUGGUUGAUGAUGAUCACAUUCUGAGAAAGCUUCAUCCCAAGGCCUUUUGGUAUCUAACCGUGCUUGGUUCUCUUGCAACGACGCAGCGGGAGUACAUUGCAUUGCAUGCAUUUCGCCGUCUCAAUGAGCAGAUGCAAACUGCAAUCCUUCAGCCUAGUCCUGAGCACUUUCCAAAGUACGAGCAACAGUCCCCUGCCAUGCCUGAAUGCUUCACUCAGAACUUUGUUGAUCAUCUGCAUAGGACGUUCAAUGAACCUCAGCUAGCAGCAAUUCAAUGGGCUGCAAUGCACACGGCUGCUGGUACAAGUAGUGGGAUAACAAAGACAUGGCCCUUUACUCUUGUUCAAGGACCUCCAGGAACAGGUAAGACGCAUACAGUCUGGGGAAUGCUAAAUGUCAUCCAUCUGGUCCAGUAUCAGCACUACUACACUUCUUUGCUCAAGAAACUAGCACCUGAAAGCUAUAAACAAGCCAAUGAGAGCAAUUCUGACAAUGUUGCUAUGGGUUCAAUUGAUGAGGUUCUUCAAAACAUGGACCAGAAUCUCUUCCGUACACUUCCAAAACUUUGUCCAAAGCCUAGAAUGUUAGUCUGUGCUCCUUCAAAUGCUGCAACUGAUGAGCUUCUUGCCCGUGUUCUUGAUCGUGGAUUCAUUGAUGGUGAGAUGAAAGUUUAUCGGCCCGAUGUGGCUCGAGUGGGGGUUGAUUCACAAACCCGUGCUGCCCAGGCAGUUUCUGUUGAGCGGAGAACUGAGCAACUUUUGGUCAAGAGCCGUGAUGAAAUUUUUGGAUGGAUGCACCAGUUAAGAGGCCGUGAAGCUCAGUUGUCUCAGCAGAUAGCUUGUCUUCAAAGAGAACUCAAUGUUGCUGCUGCUGCUAUUCGUUCCCAAGGAUCUGUUGGCGUUGACCCAGAUGUUCUUGUGGCCAGGGAUCAGAAUCGAGACACAUUGUUGCAGAACCUUGCAGCAGUGGUUGAAGGCAGGGAUAAAGUUCUAGUUGAGAUGUCUCGCCUAGUUAUUUUAGAGGCUAGGUUUCGUGCUGGUAGUAGCUUUAAUUUGGAAGAAGCCCGUGCUAAUCUUGAGGCAAGCUUUGCAAAUGAGGCCGAGAUUGUUUUCACUACUGUCUCGAGCAGCGGCCGCAAAUUAUUUUCUCGUCUCACUCAUGGUUUUGAUAUGGUAGUCAUUGAUGAGGCAGCCCAAGCCAGUGAAGUAGCAGUCCUACCUCCCCUUUCACUUGGUGCAGCGCGGUGUGUUCUUGUUGGGGAUCCUCAGCAGCUCCCAGCAACUGUUAUCAGCAAGGCAGCUGGAACAUUGUUGUACAGCAGGAGCCUUUUUGAAAGGUUCCAGCAAGCAGGAUGUCCCACAAUGUUAUUAUCCGUGCAGUAUCGAAUGCAUCCUGAAAUCCGGGAUUUCCCUUCUAGGUACUUUUAUCAAGGGCGCCUUACUGACAGUGAAAGCGUUGCUAAGUUACCUGAUGAGGUUUACUACACGGACCCUCUGCUUAGACCUUACAUAUUCUAUGAUAUCACCCAUGGACGGGAAUCUCAUAGAGGUGGAUCUGUCUCUUAUCAGAACAUAUAUGAAGCGCAGUUUUGUCUUCGUUUGUACGAACAUCUUCAGAAAACUUUGAAAUCUUCUGGUAUAGGGAAAAUCUCUGUUGGCAUAAUAACACCGUACAGGCUCCAAUUAAAAUGCCUUCAACGUGAAUUUGAGGAAGUCUUAAAUUCAGAAGAAGGGAAAGAUCUGUACAUCAAUACUGUAGAUGCUUUUCAAGGCCAAGAACGUGAUGUCAUAAUCAUGUCUUGUGUGCGUGCAUCAAGUCAUGGAGUUGGAUUUGUCGCAGAUAUCCGCCGAAUGAAUGUUGCUCUUACUCGUGCUAGAAGGGCUCUUUGGGUGAUGGGGAAUGCUAGUGCCUUGAUACAAUCUGAUGACUGGGCUGCACUGGUUGCUGAUGCAAGAACCAGGAAGUGUUACAUGGAAAUGGAUUCUCUCCCAAAAGAUUUUCUCAUACCCAAGGGCCCAGCUUACACACCAUUGCCAGGCAAGGGAUCAUCUAAUACGAGGGGGUUGAGAUCAGCGGGUAGACAUAGACAGUUGGAUAUGCAUAUGGAGUCCAGGUCAGGGACACCAUCAGAAGAUGAUGAGAAGUUGAGUGGGUCACUGAUAGCUAGGAAUGGGAGUUACCGGCCCUUAAAGGCAUCGAUGGAGAAGUCUUUGGAUAACUUUGAUCAAUUAGGUGAUAAAUCUAGAGAUGCCUGGCAAUAUGGCACACAGAAGAAGCAAAGUUCUGCUGGAUUUGUGGGGAAGAGAGAGAUGUAGGUGUUGAUUGUUGGGUGCAAAUUAUCUUAGUGCCUUAAGGGGGAGCUUCAGUGUUAAUUAAUUUUAUAAUGCUGUGAUGCUUGCACCUAUUGUCACAGAGCACUCGGGGGGAAAUCUCUGUAUGCUGAGCUGGUGAGUCAGACACUUUUGAUUUGUAUCAAGUUUGGGCUGAACCGGGUGGCUGAUUCUUUGUGGAGGGAAAAAGAGGGUUUUGGAAGAGACACCUGUCAAUCUGCUUGGAAAGUUCGUUCGCGUUUGUGCAAGAGCUGUUUUGCUCGAAUUGAGUACGUGAUUUCUUGCAACGAGCCAGAUGCUCUUGGGUGGAUCGGGGGAAACCAUACCACACCCCUAAUCAACCAGCUUACCAUUGGACAAGGUAAGAGAUCUUAUAAGAGAUGUUCUUCUACGAUGUUAACACAACUCUGUCUCUGUGGAUCUAAGCAUAUUGCACUGUCUUUUGAUACAUGUCAUCUAGGAAUCCAGUGGUGGCCUCAGAAAAGCUGUAGCCUACUAGAACCUCUUAGUUGCAUCUCUUUUUACAUUUGCGGUCAAAUCCAUCCCAAGUUGCCUUUACAUUGAUGACCUAAAUUGAUGUGGGACUGGGGAAGCUUCCUGCCAUGGCCCUAUCACUUGUGGUUCUCUUCUCAGACGUACAGUUUACUCAUUGGCUCUUGGGUACUCUCAUACAUUAUAUUGCUUUAGUUUAGCAGUUCACAUUUUAAAGAUGGUAUGUACAUUCUUUGGACAUGCAAAUGCAAAUUACAGGGCAUUGAGUUGCAAAUACCCUGUUACUGGAUGACAUCUGAAGUGUUGUAUAAAAUUUUGGUGCGUUUUUUUAAUCUCCUUCCUUCUAAUUGUUCGAAGGAGAAGCAAAAUGACGUAGCUGCCUUGGUGGAAGGAAAUACACAAAUUUAAAAUUUAUGUACAGAGAUGGAAGGGAAACACUCCCCUUAAUUUUGGAGGCAUUUGUGAUGUCGAAUGACUUGUACAUACAUCUUUACUAGUUGAAUCAUACAUAAUUCUUUUUUGAUCAAGUCUCUUGAAUUUCUUCA